AUGGAAUACAUUGAUGGAGGGGAACUCCUAGAUAGGCUAAUAAGUGUAAAGUAGCUCAGUGAAAAGAUUGUAGCUCAAAUAACCAAGUAGAUACUAUCUGCUAUUAAUUAUGCAAAGUCACUUGGAGUAUAACAUCUUGAUCUUAAGCCAGAAAAUUUGCUUCUGGAUAGAUCAUAAAAAUAUGCAAAGGUGAAAAAAGGUUCUGCCUACUAUUUGCCUCCAGAAUUACUGAAAAGACAAAUUCAUAAAAAUUCUGAUGUUUGGGCUUGUGGAGUUAUUCUCCACAUUUUGCUUAGUGGAUAUCCGCCAUUUUGUGGGAGAGAUGAGUAUGAAAUUCUUUAAAGGGUAAAAUCAGGAUCUUACUCAUUGAAAGCAGUUGAAUGGAAAAAUAUCACUAAGGAAGGCAAGAAACUAAUAGAAAAGAUUCUGGUUGUGGAUCCAAAUCAUCGCUAUACUGUUUAGUAAUGUAUGAAAGACAAAUGGUUUGAGCUUUAAGAAUAGCAACAUGGAAUUGGGAGAAUAAUCACUGUCGAUUGCAUCAAUAACUUAAGAUCUUUCUGUUCUGAAUAAAAACUACAAUCUGCAGUUGUUAAUUACCUAGCCAACAAGGAAUAAAAUUUGGCUAUGAAUAAGGAACUAUAGAAAAUAUUUGAGUAAUUUGAUGUAAACAUGGAUGGAAUACUUUCUCAUGAGGAAUUGAUAAUGGGCUAUUAAAAAAUGCUGGGUUGUUCUAGAAGAGCCUAAGUCUAAGUAGAUUUUAUACUGACGAAGAUAGGGGCUAAACCUAAGUCAGAAAUAGACUAUCAUGAAUUCCUUAAGGCCAAUAUAAAAUUAGAACAUGAAGUGACAGAUAGUAAACUACGAGCUGCUUUCAAUUUAUUUGAUAUUGAUGGAAACGGAAGUAUAACAUUGGAUGAAAUUUAGUAUCUGUUAGGAGGGUAAGAAGAUGUUGAGGAUCAAGUUUGGAUUGAUCUCGUUAUGACUGCCGAUUAAGAUGGUGAUGGGGAAAUUACUUUUGAAGAGUUUAAGAAAAUGAUGUAUGUAAUGUAUCUUAAUAAGGAAAUACGCUGA